UAUCUGGCUAAGACCAUUCAAAAUGGGCAGUCUUCUUUAAUAGAAGAAAAGUUUGAUGAAAAUAAUCAUCAGUUUACCAUUCUUGUUCAAACCGAAGAGCCUUUAGUGGAGAAACAUUUUGAUAGAGAUGAUCAUCAGAUUACCAUUCUCAUUCAAAUCGGAGAGUCUUUAGUGGAGAAAAUUUUUGAUGAUCAUUAG